GUGCUGAGCCCCCGCAAGAAGCAGACGUCGGCGCUGCGCAUCGCGGCCGCCCGGGGCUACGAGGACUGCGCCCGGCACCUGCUGCUGCGGGGGGCCGAGGUGGACGCGGUGGUGGGGGGCCGGGGCCCCCUGCACGACGCCGCGGCCGCCCCCCGCCCCGCCUGCGCCCGCCUCCUGCUCGACUUCGGCGCCGACCCCAACCUGCUGAGCGCCGAGGGCACGGCCCCGCUGCACCUCUGCACCGCGCCCGACAGCCUGCCGUGCGCGGAGCUGCUGCUGGCCCACAGGGCGCGGGUGAACCUGGGGACGCGCGAGCGGCAGCUGACGGCGCUGCACGUGGCGGCGAGCCGGGGGCUGGCGGCGCACGUGGCUCUGUACCUGCGGCACGGCGCCGACCCCUCGAGGCGCAGCCGCCAGGGCGAGACCCCCCUGAACGCCGCCUGCGCCGCCGCCGAGCGGCCCCCCGAGGCCCCCGCUUACCUCCAGGUGGCCGAGAGGCU